UACCGUUUUGACUGUUUAUCUAUCACUUCGACGUUCUUGUUUUUUUGUGGCGUCUGUUUCGCACCUGUGCUGUGCACAAUAUUUCGUAGAAAAAGGCAAAAAAAAAUGCAAACCUAAACAAAAUUGAGUUUGUGCAAUUAAAUUUUUCGUGAAAUUUCGUGAUUCAAGCGCGUUGCCAUAAAUCAAAAGUAAUUGAAAACAGUUAUCAUCAGCAGCGGCGUCAUGAACCGCUAGUGAAAAUCUGUGAAAGUAAUACGUUUAGGACGUGAAGAGAUUCCGCGAUUGCGAAAUCUGGAAUCAAGUUUCAACCAAGGAAGCAAAGUAUCGACGGCAAAACAAAAAUGAUGGACAUUUGCCGUCUGACGUCGGAUGGCCUCCAGCCGGAGGACAGCCUGAAGAUGGUGGAGAUUGACUUUCAGGCCCUGUGUCGGAUAUGCGGUGCCCUCGGGGAGAAUUUAACGUCGGUGUUUGGAAAGCGGGCGGCCGAUCGAUUGCGGGAACGGAUCCGGAAGUAUCUGCAGAUCGACAUCCUGGCGGAGGAUUGUCUGCCGACGAAGGUUUGCGAUGGCUGCCGGGAGACGCUGGAUCGGUUCCACGAGCUGUUCGAAAAGUGCCAUCGGACGGACGAAAAGUUCCGGACCAUGUUGAGUUCCAGCGAGGAGCUGAAGGAAUUGGCGACGGUUCCGGAAGAGGAACAGGAGGAGGAAGAAGAGGAUGACAGGCAGACGAAAGUAGUGGCUGAGGAGGAGACAGAGAAGCAAAUAGAGGAAGUUGCCUGUCCAGCGAAGAAAUCCAAAGAGAGCAAGCGGAACUCGAAACAGGAGGAGGAUACGUUGGAGGAAGUUCCGGAGAAGAAAGGCAAACGAUUCACCCGAAGUUCCAAAGCCUUCACGUGCAGUUUUUGCAAAUCAAACGGCACCAUCAAGGCGAACACUUUCCCCAGCAAAUUCAACCUGGUGGAUCACCUCAAGGACCAGCACGCGGAUCAAAUAUUCCACUGCGAGCAGUGUGACAACUAUCUGGACCGGAACAUUCUGAUUCAGCACAUGACCAUGCACGCCCUGAGCAUGUUCACCACGCAACCUGGUUGCCUAAACGAGUCCCAACCGGAAGACGAGGACGACCACGAACAGCAAACGUCCGGUGUUGAUCUGGAGGAAGGCGAAGGCAGCCAGCAAACCAUCGAGGGCAAAUCCGGCGAGGGGACGGAACUUGCCAACAAAGAAAACGAUGCCAAAUCUCCCCCACCGACUGAUUCUCCGACUGAAGCCCUCCCUGGCGGUGGCCCUGCUUCGGAAACGAAACCCGGAGACGUCCGGAAGCUGUACUGUUACAUCUGCGAAAAAACGUUGGCCAACCGAAGUGCGUACUCGUAUCACAUCAACCAGGUACAUCUGAACAUCAAGAACUUCUCCUGCACGUACUGCAGUAAAAAAUUCGGAAACCAAAGACUCCUAAACAACCACGUGGCCGGUGUUCAUUCGCGCGACCGGAACUUCACCUGCGACACCUGUGCCAAGCGGUUCAAAACGAACGUCGCCCUGUACAAUCACCAGCGGAUACACGACGAUGCCGCCGUAAAGUUCUCCUGCACGUUUUGCGACAAAAAGUUCCGCUACCGGAACCACCUCACUAGUCACCAGCUGGUCCACAUGAACGAGCGCAACUUCCCCUGCAACCAGUGCGACAAGAAGUUCAACAACCCGGAAUGCCUGCAGAAGCACAAGCUGACGCACGUCGAAACGCUCCCGUAUCAGUGUCCGCUGUGCGGGUUCAGCACCAAGCAGAAACGAUACCUGGUGAUGCAUGCCAAACGGAUCCACAUGGUGCGGUAAGCGCUUUAGGUUUAAGGACUUUAGGAGGAAAAGAUGGGUGGAUAGGCAGAUUUCAUUCCUUUGGUUCGGCUAGCGAAAAACACGUGUGCACGGUAUUUGAUGAAACAGAAGCGGGUAAUUUGAUUGACCGUACUUUGGAUAUAGUAAUGGAUACCAACGUUUAUUCCA